GAGGUGGUUAGGUCUAGGGGGCUGCUUUGGUCCAUGCUUGACCCAGUUUGAUGCUUGAUAAUAACUCAGUGAUUUUUCUGGCCUCAUUUUUGAUCUCACAGAUUUGGCUCCAGAGAAGAAAUCAAGCGUAUAGAUUCAGAAUAUACCAUCAAUGAGUUUGGGUCACAGCUGCAGCACACCCAACCAGAAACAGAUACACAAUGCUCCAGAAAGCUGUAUGUCUCAGUCCUACUGGAGAGAAGAUCACACAUGUGGAGAAGCGAAAGAGGAGAGCCCAUCAAGGACAGCCUUUCCUGCCUCAGGGAAGAAGAGAGAUACAAACUACAAUGAUGGAGACCUAGCAGAUGUGCAUAAGAAGCUGCCGUCCAGUGCUGGAGAAGACCGAGCCAUGCUGCUAGGGUUUGCAAUGAUGGGCUUCUCAGUCCUAAUGUUCUUCUUGCUUGGAACAACCAUCCUAAAGCCUUUCAUGCUCAGCACUUGGAGAGAAGAAUCGAACUGCACUACCAUCCACACACAUAUCACGGAUGACUGGCUGGACUGUGCUUUCACCUGUGGUGUGGACUGCCGCGGUCAGGGGAAAUUCCCGUGUCUUCAGGUGUUUGUGAACCUCACUCAUUCAGGUCAGAAAGCUCUCCUACAUUACAAUGAAGAGGCUGUCCAGAUAAAUUCCAAGUGCUUUUACACACCUAAGUGCCACCGAAAUAGGAAUGAUUUGCUCAACAGUGCUCUGGACAUAAAGGAAUUCUUCGAUCACAAAAAUGUAACCCCCUUUUCAUGCUUCUACAGUCCAGACAGCCAAUCUGAAGAUGUCAUUCUUCUAAAAAAGUAUGACCAAAUGGUUAUCUUCCACUGUUUAUUUUGGCCUUCAUUGACUCUGCUAGGUGGUGCCUUGAUUGUUGGCAUGGUGAGAUUAACACAGCACCUGUCUUUACUGUGUGAAAAAUAUAGCACUGUGGUCAGAGAUGAGGUAGGUGCCAAAGUACCCUAUAUGGAACAGCAUCGGUUCAAACUGUGGAGUACAGGGAGGAGCAAAGGAAGGAGCAGAGAAAUCUUAAGAUGGUGGCCAAAUUAAAGUCCUGACCUUCAGAUGCCUGCAGUCUCUGCAGUUGAGGACCUAAUUAUUCUUGCUUGUAAACUAACCAUGUAAAGGGUAAAGUAUCAUUUGGGAAAAUAUUUUAAAAACCCUUAUUAUAUAUUCUAUUUAUUCUAUAAAUACAUACAAAUCCACCAAAUUUUAUACUCCAAAUCUCUUUCCACAUGAGCCUAGGAAGCACUUUUUGUUCCCACAUGGCAAAAUGAGAUCAAGGUAUUCUUUAUCUAAUUUUAGCUCUAGCUAGAAUCUGUCAAUAUAGAAAUAAACAAUGAGGGUAUCUAAGCUAUUGAACACUGAACCAUCAGCCUGAUUCUAUGCAAUAUAGUUCAUAUUAAAACAUUUCUGAUAAAAAGACUAUUAGUGAA